UAAAACUAUGGACUUAAAGGUGCUGUUUAUAAAUAUAACGAUACUCUAUGGUUAUCAGAUGACUUGAGCUAUAAUGUGAUAUUUUGACCAUAAUAGUUCUUUGUGAAUUAAGUGCCUGAUUUGCGCUUGACGAGGUCGUGUUAUUACCAAUAUGGUGUAUUUAACGGAGCAAGUGUUCGGAACAAUAAAUGAUGAGGACGUGAUGAAAUAUACUUGGAGAACUGACAGCGGCUUUUCGCUUAGCGCCAUUUCCUUUGGCGCUAUUGUGCAGAGCCUUCAGGUGCCAGACAAGGACGGAAAUAUCAACGAUGUGGUGCUUGGCUUCGACGACCUGCAGAGUUACGUAGAGCGGAAUAUAAAGAACUUCGGUGGAGUUAUAGGGAGGUGCACCAAUAGAGUCGCAGAAGGAACAAUUCAGAUUGAUGGCGUGACACAUCGCCUCACCAGGAACAGGGAUGGACAUCAUGUGCAUGGUGGAAAUCUGGCUUUUGAUAAGGUAAACUGGAGUUCCAGUGUAGAUGGAACCAAGGUGGUCUUCAGCAGGCUCUCCAAAGAUGGCGAAGAAGGCUACCCUGGAGAUCUGAUGGUGAACAUCACAUACGAGGUGAAGGAUGACGACACUUGGUACAUCGAGUAUACCGCCAGCUCCACGAAGAAGACCAUAAUCAAUAUGACUAACCACUCUUAUUUCAAUUUGGCGGGACACGAGAGCGGGGCGGAAGGCUUAUACAAUCAUCUUGUUACUAUGAAUUGUGAUAGAGUGGUAGAAGUAAGGUCUGACUGGGUGCCGACUGGUAGACUCCUGCCCGUCGGAGGAACUCCAUUUGACUUGAGAAGUCCAAAACGCCUCGGGGAUAUUAUAGAAAAUUCAAAGAAUCUAUUUCACCACAAUUUGUGCGUCACGAGGAAUGGCAACAAGGGUCUAAACUUCCUCUCCCGUGUCUACCACCCACCAUCUGGCCGUUAUAUGGAUGUCUACAGCGAUCAACCCAGUAUUCUGUUUUACAAUGCCAAUUAUUUCCCCACAAAAGAAGAAGCUGGGAUUGUAGGAAAAGAUGGGGCUAGUUACCGUCGUCAUGCAGGAAUGUGCAUUGAAACACAGAACUUCAUAGAUGCUAUUCAUCACCCUUCCUUUCCUAGCGUUAUUUUGAAACCUGGCGAUGUUUAUAAGCAGAAGACGGAGUAUAGAUUUGGUGUGGUGAAACAAAAUGGCGUUGUUGCACCAGCGUAAAA